AUGAUUAUUUUAUAUAAAUGUAAAUUUAUAAUUAAGCAUAUUGAUAAUAAUAAAAUUAAUUUAAAUUCUAUUUUAAAUGUUAAAUUUAAAAUAUAUAAUAUUAAUAUUAAUUUUUUAAAUAAAAAAAUAAUGGAAUAUAUUUAUAAAUAUAAAGUAAAUAUAUUUAUUAUUUAUAUUUAUUCUAAUAAAAAUUUUAAAAUAAUAUAUAAUUAUACAAUAUAUAAUUUAUAUAAAAAAUAUUAUAAAAAAUUUAAUAAAAUAUAUUUAGUAAUAUAUAAAAUAUUAUUAUAUAAAAAAAUGCAAUUAUUAUUUUAUAAUAUAAAUCAAUUAUUAUAUAUUAUAAUUAAUAAUUUAAAAAUAAUUAAAUAUAAAAUAUAA